AUCAUCAGCGCGCGCGGCUCGACCCAAGCCGCCGGCGAAGGCUCCCUCUCCUCCGUCUCCUCGCUCAUCAAGCAGGCGCUCCCGGGCUCCGUCUCCGUGGGCCUCAGCUACCCAGCCACGCUCGACAACUACGAGUCCAGCGAGAACACUGGCGUCGUCAACCUCAAGCAGGCCAUCACGUCCUACACCACCUCGUGUCCCAACUCCAAGAUCGUGCUGUUGGGAUACUCGCAGGGCGGCCAGGUCGUCGGCGAUGCGCUGGGCGGCGCGAGCUUCAGCUCCGAGGCGCCCCUGGCCAGCACCUACACCAAGAACAUCGUCGCGGCGGUGAGCUUUGCCAGCCCCGCGCACGUCGCGGGCAAGAGCUACAACGCGGGCACCAGCAAGGGCAGUGGCAUCUACAAGCGGGCCAACACCGCGACGCUCGACACGUAUGCCAGCCGUCUGGAUGACAUUUGCGACUCAAACGAUCUGUUCUGCGACAGUGGGAGCAGCUUGACUGCUCACACCCAGGUGGUGAGCAAGUAUGCCUCGGCGGGGGCGAACUUU